AUGGAACCUCCAGGGACUUCAGAUGUAGCAGGGUCAGCAAGAGACUUUGUUAUCCAGAGAGCGCCUCAGUACCAUGAAGCAUUUGCAGUGGAAUCGGUUUAUGACAGCCAACGGGGUGUCUUCGUUGCACGGCAGCCUUACAACGACCUGGAAGAUGCACUAAUGUCCUAUAUUAAAACAUGGGACAUUAAAUGGGACGUCAAAUCUUGCACUUGGGACGACGUCUUCGAUGAGUUGCAGGCGGCGGAGGAUGAGUAUAACCGCAGGGGGAAGGGAAUUCAACCUGCUCAUCUGGUGCGAGGAGCGUUGCGGAAAGCAGGCGACAAUGCUGCUGACAUAACGCCAUGGUUUGACAUUAUUCCAAGUGAAUAUGGGUUAUCCCUACUGAGCGCGGGCUUGAAGCUGGUGUUUAGCAUCGCAAAACAACAAGCAGAAAUUCGUGAAAUGAUUCUCAAGGCCUUUCGAUCUAUCCCAGACAUAAUUGCGGGUACAGAAGCGAAGCGGUGCCAGUUCAAACGAUAUCCCCCACUGAGGAAGUGUGCAGUCGAUCUCUAUGUGAAGGUCAUAGAGACGGUCCAGCAACUCAUCGCCAAGUUGAAUGCCAGUCAUUCGGGACAUAUGGGGCACCAGCUGCUGAGAUAUUCACAGAAGAUACUCAGACCCACAAUACGGGCUGAUGAAAUCAAUGGCAUAUUGAACGAUAUGCAGGGUGAAGUGCAGCGAUUCCAGGUCUGCCUCGACAACAUUCGGGACGGUGUUACCAUCGAGACUAACACCAACACACGCGAGACCCUCAUGCAGACCAAGGCUAUACGUGAGACAGUAUCACACACUGGAACAGACGUCACGUACAUUCGUCGUCAUUGGGACGACUUAGAGCGCAAGAUGGAGGAUACCCACGCAGAGGGAGAAGAAAUGCGCCGCGAGCUCCAGCGCAUAGCAAACGGAAUCGAUGCCCAAAACAGUUUCCUCCAUGCCCUCAUAGAUGAGAAAUGCCGACAAGUAGAGAGUCUCUCGCUCACCAAUUCUUUCCCUUUCUCAAACCGCGUACAGUCAGGCCCAGCGAUGCAGCAGGCCCCUGACACAGCAUCUUUCCUCUCCGGGGGACAAUUACUACAAGCACUCAAUGUAUACCACAUGGGACCAGUCAACGAUUUGAAGGACAUUCUCCGAUCUGAGGCAUCCUUCGACGCAACUGCGCAGAUGCAAGCUCAGCAGCUGUUGUCAUCAGCCAGGUUCCAUGAAUGGCUCUCGUCCUCAAACCCCGAUCUGCUGCUGGUUAACGCAAACUACGAUGGUCACUCUAGAACAUCUCCACUGUCUUGUCUCAGCGCCCACCUUGCCAUAAUCCUAUCCCAAAGGUGGAAUUCCACAGUGAUCCACUUCUUCUGUGGCCAGCAUGACUGCCGCAUAAGCCCAGUGGUUGGCCCUCGUGGUCUCCUACGAAGCCUGGUCACCCAACUACUAUACACAGGCCAUCCAUUCAACUACAAUUUCAUCGAUACCCGGCCCUUCGCGAACGGCAUCAAACAGCAUGAGAUCCAGGAUUUGUGCUGGACCCUCAGCCAACUUAUCAGGCAGCUUCCUCGGGGUCAAGGAGUCCUUUGUCUAAUCGAGAACAUCGGCUGUUUCGAGCGGGAGGAGUGGUACUCCGAGCUGCGUGAGGUGGUCGGGAUGCUCUAUCGGACCAUAGCAGAUCCCUAUAUAUGGCCGAACCUCAAGGUCCUUAUCACGAACGCCACAGCAAGGGCCCGCAUCGAGCGCGAACUUCCCCGGGAGAUGCUGCUCUCGCUCUCGAGAGACAACCCCGACGGCCACCGCGACAUUACCGAAAGGACGAUGCUCAGCGAUUUGCAGCCCCGGAGGCGAAAUAAUUACCAGGAGAGGGUGCAGAGGGUGAUAGUUCUGAAUAAUGAUUCCGACGAGGACUUCUAA